AUGGUAACAGACUCCUCUCUCUCCCCUCUCCCUCCCGCUCAGAUCGACAAGUUCAUUAACUCCCAGGAGUCCCGGCUGUGCCCCCCGGACUACAGCGACAUCCUGCGGGUGGUGAGGCGGGCCGACGAGCGCCACGGCCUGGGCCUGAGCCGGCGCCAGCUGACCCAGAUCGCGCAGGACGCCUUCCGCGACACCGGCAACAGCCUGCAGGAGCGCCGCCACCUGGACAUGGUCUACAACUUCGGCUCGCACCUGACCGACGGCUACCAGCCCGCCACCGACCCCGCCCUCGCUGACCCCACCCUGGACCGCCGGCUCCGCACCAACCGGACAGUCGCCCUGAUCAGCCUGGACGACGUCAUC